AUGCGUUUCACUCCUACCGACCUCAGCCUUCCCGCUGUCGCAGUCGCCUUCUUGGGCGCAACUGCUUCAGCCCAGACUUGCCAGCUUCCCACCAGCUACAAGUGGACUUCAUCCAACGCUCUUGCCCAGCCCAAGGCCGGAUGGGCCAACCUCAAGGACUUCACCACCCAGAUGGUCAACGGCAAGCACCUCGUCUACGCCACCAACCACGACACCGGCUCCAAGUACGGCUCCAUGAACUUCGGCGUCGUCUCCAACUUCAACGAGCUCGCAUCUGCUCCCCAGAACGCCAUGAGCCAGGGCCUCGUCGCACCCACUCUCUUCUACUUCAAGCCCAAGAGCACCUGGGUCAUUGCCUACCAGUGGGGACCUACCGCUUUCUCCUACAAGACCUCCUCCGACCCCACCAACGCCAACGGCUGGAGUGCGGCCAAGCCCCUCUUCUCUGGAACCAUCACUGGCUCCAGCACUGGUCCCAUUGACCAGACCCUGAUCGGUGACGGUACCAACAUGUACCUGUUCUUCGCCGGUGACAACGGCAAGAUCUACCGCUCCAGCAUGCCCCAGGGCAACUUCCCCGGCAACUUCGGCACUGCCUCCACCGUCGUCAUGAGCGACACCCAGAACAACCUCUUCGAGGCUGUCCAGGUCUACACCGUCAAGGGCGGAACCUCCAAGAAGUACCUCAUGAUCGUCGAGGCCGUCGGCUCUGGUGGCCGCUACUUCCGCUCUUUCACUGCCUCCAGCCUCGGCGGCAGCUGGACCCCCAACGCUGCUACCGAGCAGAACCCCUUCGCCGGCAAGGCCAACAGCGGUGCCACCUGGACCAACGACAUCUCCCACGGAGACUUGGUCAAGGUCACCAACGACGAGACCAUGACCGUCGACCCUUGCAACCUGCAGCUGUUGUACCAGGGCCGCAACCCCAACGCCGGUGGCGACUACGACCGUCUCCCCUACAGGCCCGGUCUCCUUACCCUCAAGAAGUAG